AUGCACAAGCGACACGAAGACUACCAGAUCGGUAUAAUCUGUCCUUUGCCAGUGGAACAUGUGGCGAUGCAAGUCUUCCUUGAUGAAAAACACGACAUGCUUCCAGUAGCCGAGCGAGACCAAGCCAAUUACACUUUGGGCUCUAUGAGUGGACAUGAUGUCGUUCUAGCUACUCUACCCAUGGGAAUGUUUGGUGCUGUUUCGGCCGCGGUCACAGCACGAGAUAUGAUCUGGUCCUUCUCCGGUAUCAAGUUCUGUCUUCUGGUUGGUAUCGGGGCUGGAUUACCUUCUGGAUCCCACGACAUUCGUCUUGGUGAUGUUGUUGUCAGCAGUCCUGUAGGGGUACACGGAGGCGUGGUUCAAAUUGACAUGGGAAAGCAACUAUCUGAUGGCACUUUCCAGCGCAUGGGAUCACUGAACCGACCACCAUCGGCAUUGUUGCAGGCCGUUAUGAGACUCCGCUCGGAACAUGAACUCAGAGAUUCAGACUUCAGCCAAGACAUCUCAAGAAUCUUAGAGACGCACCCUCGGAUGAGGAAGCGGUAUGAAUGUCCUGGACAGGAUCACGAUCUACUCUUCCAGGCACACUACCAACAUGCUCAGCUCGGACAAAGCUGCUCUUAUUGUGAUAUGUCGAGACUGGUCCAAAGACCAGAACGCCAUGAACACGGUCCAGAGGUUCACUAUGGCUUGAUAGCUACUAGCAAUCAUGUCUUGAAGGACGCGAUUGCGCGCGAUCAUCUUAUCAGAGAGCUAAACGCUCUUUGUCUCGAGAUGGAAGCAUCAGGUUUGAUGAAUACAUUGCCCUGUCUGGUGAUCAAAGGUAUUGCCGACUAUGCCGAUUCGCACAAAGACAGUGAUUGGCAGGGCUAUGCGGCUCUUGCAGCCUCCGCGUAUACCAAGCAAUUACUCUCAGUUGUACCUGCGACCAUGAACAGAGUCACUGCAGCAGCAGCUUCUCUUGAUCUAGAUCUGUCCAGACUACAUCACUUCGAGUCAGACAUCGAUGAUCGAGCGAGCUUGAGUUCGGAUACUUUGGUCGGCACAUCACAGACGGGUGAUCUGGAUAUACGGGUUUCUGCUGCAAAGAUGGUUGCGCAGGCAUUGCGAUCCUUGUUCCAUCGGUGCAGAUCGCGCAUCGCCACGAAUGUUACAGAAAUGAUCUGCGACCAGGAGAGCUUGCUUGAAGCUGACCAGGUUAAAUUCACUUCUGUUUCCGAUGGACGUCUGAUGCGCUUACUCAAAGAUCGCUUCUCUGCUACCAGUGUGGCAAACACUGUUUCGGACAUAGCGCAAUUGGAAGAGAUACCAACCAUGGAUCUUGAAGAGGUGGAUGUGGAGACUGAAGAACCUUCAGACACUACUUUGACAGACUUGACCGAAGUGGAACAGAUUCUCUGCCAUGGAUCAGGAUUCGAAGACAUGCUCGGUAAGCUGGAGGAACUGCUCCUACCUCCAGUUCAUGUAUUACUGGAGGGAGUUCUUGGAAAACAACUAGCCGGGAAGCAAGGAGAUUCAACGAUCACAUGCGUGGUCGAGUGGGAACUGCUCCAACUUGUUGGCACCGAGGACCUAUCUGCGGACGACAUAGACCGUCUUUUCACAUUGAGCGGUGACUUCAAACACGCACACGCUGAUCUUUUGGCUAGCUGCGCAAUCUGGGACACAAGCAAGGACUUGCUUGAAGCUGUCAAAACCUGUAUAGCUACGGCUUGGGACAGGGGAUUUGACCCUUUGUUCCCGGCGAACAAGGAAGUCGAAAAAGAGUAUGCAGUCGUGGACAUCACAGGGUCAGCUACCUAUAUCAACAUGAUUGUCAAGCAGCUUGCUUGGUUAACGGCAACUCUCAGAGUACCGCAUGAGGGAAUGCUGACGGUCAGCUACAUCAAUUUUCAGCCUCACAGAAGAGAGACAGGCGAAAUGAUAGAGGGAGUCUUCCGAAUGAGCCUCUGGGACCGAGAGCAGUCGCCUCGACCAUCCGAUGGCCCAGGACAAUGUUGGACCCAAUUGUUUGCUCAGAGCGUCUUAGCUUACGGAUUCACGUCUUCUGCAAAAGAUCGACCCGAGAGCAUGCGAGGACUCGAAUUGCCUUUUGAAAUCAUGGCUACCUUUGCCGGUAUCCGAUUUCCCCUUUGGCUCGGAGAUAGACGCGCUUUUGCGAGUGAGACACACGUCCUUGUCCCAGAGGAGCUUUCUGGCGCCUCAAUCCAGUGGCAUUACGAUACUAUCGAGAACGCUCUGCAGCACGUUACAAGAUCAUUCAAGCUCCAAACACCAGAUCCUGGGACUAUCAAUAUAUCAGACCCUUGUAAUUAUCGAGCGUUCUUAGGUUACAGCAAGUUCUCAGAAGUUGUCAUGGGUACAGCAGAAUUCCGCGAUGCCAGAGUGAAUACAUGCAAGGUCCCUCGUACGGGAAAUCAUCUGACUCUCAAGGAAGAAGGUCCACUCAGCGCAGGUAUGAGCGCAAAAGGUCACUUUAAUCUCACUAUGGGUACUAGCUGGAAAUUCAAGAAAGGCGAACAAGCUCAGAUCGAAGGCUCGACCCUUUCCCUGGACGAACUCUUGAAGCGUGCAGCAAAAGCCCCUGCCUUGCUCUACGAUGACGAAAGUUGUACCGCGUUUCUUUUCUCGGAGCUGAGCAUUGUCAUACAAAUGACAGCGACUCAUUUGCAAGACAACUCCAAGUUGGCAGCUCCUAGGAUACCGCGUGCAAUCAGGUCAUCCGAUGGAGGCAAUGCGGCCUAUGAAGCCAUCAAGGCAGCAAAGGACCUUGAAGUACACUUUGGAAUGGGUGGACCGAAGAAAUAUCCAGACAUUGUGAAGGAGUUUCUCGAACAGCUUGAGCAAAGAAAGAAACAAAAGCAAGCCAAUCAGAGCUUCUGUGAGAUUUCAUUGAAGAAAGGCCUUAGAGGUUGGAGCUAUGCGGACAUACAAGAAAAACGGUUCGAGUUUUGGGAACGCGAGCUUCCGACAGACCUGUUCCACUCCCGACCUAUCUGGUGGCAGCUGUUCGGAGAGUCAAAUGUAACCAUUCUCUUUGGCAGAGGUAUGCCACAGCCAAUCCGCAUCCUUCGCGACCACACAAGGUCCUCUUGUACGUCGUGGGAUACCAUCCCGGCAGGUCAGCAUCUACUAUUGGCAAACGUGCGGGAUCUUGAGCGACUCAAGAGCGAGGUCUGUGACCCUGCGAAGAGGAACCUCACCCGGUUCAUGUUGACUACUGACUUGGCUUGGGCUCGACCCGCAGAUUCCAGACUGUUCGACGCCGACUGCAGACUAGGUGGACAUUGCAGUCCGCUGCAGACAAUGCGUAAUCCCAAGACCUUGUGGUGGCAAGAAAAGACGGCGCAUUGGCUCAAACCAGCAGACUUUCUUCCACAUCCAGGACCGCUCGAACCCGAAGGUUGUGUGUUAUUUGCGGAUGAUCCUAGCGCAAUCGAGAAACGCCCAUGUCGACUUGCCAGACCAGAUCACCAUACUCCCAAGCUCAAGCUGCAUCUCGUUGCUGGCGCCAUCUUGAUACCACUGCUCGCAUUUGUGAUAUGCAACUUUAUCGCGACGCAUCACAGCAUUUUGCUGUAUCCAUCAACUAUGUAA